AUGGAAAACAAGGAAGUGAGAGUGAAAAGACCGAUGAAUGCCUUCAUGGUCUGGUCGAGAGAACAGAGGAAGAUUUUAUCAAAGCAAUUUCCAAAGAUGCAUAAUUCUGAAAUUUCGCGAAAUUUGGGCGAGCGCUGGAGGCAACUAAACGAGGAUGAAAAGAUACCAUUCGUGGACGAGGCGAAACGGUUGAGAGCGCAGCACAUGAAAGAGCACCCGGAUUACAAGUACCGUCCUCGUCGCCGCCAACGGCCAAGUGACUCUUCAAAAGCCGAAACAGCUAGAACAGAGCUUCCAGCCCCUGCUCAGGCGCCGAAGUUGUCCGUUGGCGAGCCGAAAGUGACUACAGUAGUCGCUGGAAAUGGCGAAAUCAGAAGCCCACUGCCAGUGGUUCAGAUGCAGCCUGGAACGAACAUUAUGCAGUCCUCGCUCAACUUCAUUCCUUAUCAAACAUACACCCAGCAUCCUAACAUUCAACAUGCAACUGUUUUACAAGAGACGAUGGACGUAGAGCCAAACGUAGUCCCAAUUGACGAAGGAGAAAACAUCGUCCUAGGAAAAGUAGAGCCAAUCAAGUCUGAACCGCUAGAAACCGUCACUUCCACUGGACAAGAGCCCAGCAUAGAUAUUCCUGUCACUUCUGUCGCCGAAUUUAGCCAGCUUCAAGCCGUCGAUCAAAAGCCAAUAAUAAGAAAACGAGAGCCAUCCCGUCUUUGUCUCAUCAAAGGAGAUCAUUUAGUACACAUUGAAGAAUCAGAAGCGUUAGCGGAAAUUUUAGCGAAGCAAGAGUCGCCCUCCUUGCGGGAUGUCACCUUUCACUUCAAAUCAGAAAACAUGAGCCAGAUAGCAAGGCAAUCUUCCCAUCCCGAACCACAGUUUGUCCCGCAGGUCCAAACAAUCUACACCAGAGCCGAUUCAAAUGGGAAAAUGUUGACCCCCGUAUCGAUACACAAUCACAGUCAGCCAGCAAUGAUCCAGCCUUCUCAAUUUCAACCAUGGUACGCAACAGGUGGUCAACCCGGCCACGUGAUCAUCGUCCCAACACCGUCAAUGAUUCCCCAGUCCGGUCUAGUCCCAGUCGACCAGUCUGUCCGAGUAGAGGGACAGUUCUGA